AUGACCGCCAUAAUGUUUGGUGCCGUUUUCACGGAUGGUUAUGAAUUAGGAAUGAUUAGUAUGGUAUUACCAUUACUUGCGGUGCAUAUGAAUCUGAGCUCAUUUUGGCUAGGAUUUAUUGGUAGUUCAGCAUUAAUUGGUCUGUUUUUUGGUAGUUUAAUACUUGGCUGGAUAUCGGAUCAUUUUGGUAGAAAAAAAAUAUUUGUAUGUAGUUUUAUUAUAAUUACAAUUGCAACAAUAUUUGAAUAUUUUGUUCGUAAUAAAAUAGAAUUAGUUAUAUUACGUUUUUUAAUUGGUUUUGGUAUAGGUGGUGAUUAUAGUGCAGGUCAUACAAUGUUAGCAGAAAUUUUACCAAAAAGACAUCGUGGUUCAAUACUUGGCUCUUUUAGUGUUAUAUGGACAGUUGGUUAUGUAUGUUCUACUCUAAUUGGUUAUCUUUUAAUAAAUAAAAAUUCACGUAUAUGGAGAUGGAUGCUUGUCUCAGCUGUUUUACCCGCAAUUAUUGUUUUAAUAUCAAGAAUUGGUACACCAGAAUCACCAAGAUGGUUAAUGACAAAAUAUCGUAUGGAUGAAGCAUUUGAUAUUAUAAAAAAAUAUAUAAAUAAAGAUAUUGUUAUUAAUAAUCAAGAUAUGGUAAAACCGACUGAAAAGAGUAAUUUUUUAACAUUAUUUAAUAAAAAAUUUAUUCGUUUAACAUUAUUUAAUUGUUUAUUUUAUGUUUGUCUUGUUAUACCAUAUUUUGCUAUUUAUACAUUUCUUCCAAUUAUUUUAAAAAGUAUGGAUAUAACACAAAGUAUUACAACAGAUUUAUUAUUAAAUUUUUUUCUAUUAUUAGGUGCUUUUAUCGGUAUCGGUCUAACUAUUAAAUUAAGUCGACGUCAUUUUCUUAUUGGUUCGUUUAUUAUUCUUACUAUAUCUCUUACAUUACUUAGUUUUUUAUCUAAUACUAAUAAGAAGGCAUUAAAUAUAUUAUGCAUAAUUAUAUUUGCUAUUUUUACAUUAUUUAUGUCAGCUGUUUGUAAUUUGGUUGUCAUAUUUCCAGCUGAAAGUUUUCCAACUCAUAUACGUUCAACAGGUACUGGAUUUGUAACAGCUGUUAGUCGUUUUGGUUCAGCUACUGGAACAUUUUUAUUACCAUUAUUAAUUGAAUAUUUUAAACUUCGAAUAACAUUGUUAAUAUUGUCAUCUAUUCUAGUUUUUGGAACAAUAAUUUCUAUUUUAUGGGCACCAGAAACAAAAUUGACUGAUUUAGAUGAACUGAAUAAAACUGUUGAAUGUGUGGAUAAAACACCGGCUAAUGAACUGGAAGCUAAAUUUUAA